CAGGAAUUAAAUCAGUGUUUGUCCUGGAGAAGAGCCCUGGUCCUCUCACUCUGCCUCCACGCCUCCUUCCCUGCUUCCUAUAUUGUCUUAUUCACGGUUUCACUGCGUGGAUCUGUUCAAACCUGAGGACAACAUGACAGGAGGACCGAAGGACGGCGAAACAGAGGAGGAGUUUCUGCAUUCGCCGUUCAUCCGAAAGCAAGGGAACAUUUACAAACCCAACAAUAAAGACAUGGACAACGAGAGUCUGAACGAGAAGACGAUGGAGGAUGUCCACACCAAAGAGAUCGACCUGGUCAACCGGGACCCCAAGCAUAUAAAUGACGACGUUGUCAAGGUGGACUUUGAGGACGUGAUUGCCGAGCCCGCAGGGACGUACAGCUUUGACGGUGUGUGGAAAGCCAGCUUCACCACCUUCACCGUCACCAAGUACUGGUGCUACCGACUGCUGACGGCACUGGUCGGCAUCCCCCUGGCGCUGAUCUGGGGAAUCUUCUUUGCCAUCCUGUCCUUCCUGCACAUCUGGGCCGUGGUGCCGUGCGUCAAGAGCUACCUGAUCGAGAUCCACUGCGUCAGUCGCGUCUACUCUAUCUGCGUGCACACCUUCUGCGACCCGCUGUUCGAGGCCAUGGGCAAGUGCCUCAGCAGCAUCCGAAUCCGCACAUCCAAGGAGGUGUAGAGGAGGAUAAACGGAAAGAGGGGGGAGGGAGGACGGGAGGGCUGGAGCAACUCAAAUGGAGGGUGAAUUCAGAACAGGAAAGAAGAAGAAAAAUAAAAUAACUCUCUGGAAAACAAGAGGUGAAACGUUUCCAGAAUUUGGCGGGGAGGGGGGGGAUUUUUGGAGGUGAAGGGGAGUGGUCACAUGGCACCUGGUACCACCCCUUUCUACCAGCUGUAUUCUUACUAGUGUUGGAGGGCACAGGAAAUCGAAAGGUUGCUCUGGGUUUUUGUUGUUGUUUUGUUUGUGUUCCCUUGUUUGUUUGUUUGUUUUUUUGUAUUCCACACUUUUUUUUAAGCAGGCAACUGGGGGCCAUAUCAGUUUUCUGUUAGUUUUGCCACGUGAUGUUAAGUCCUUCCAUUUUACCCAUGUCUGUGAAGAGCUUAUCACUCACUUUGACUGAUUCAUGUGAAGAGGGGAUGUCACAGUGUAUCACUGUCUCCUCUUGUGCUUUGUGUUUGCUUUUGAAAGCCUCUGGGCAGGGCAGGAUGGAGGGGUGUCUAUCAGUGCCAGGGAGGGUCAAAGCAGAGAGAGAGAGAGAGAGAGAACGUCUGCUGCCAAAUUCUAUCCAGCUAAGCAAAAACAACACAAACUGAACAGCACAGUAACACACCCUCCCUUUGGCCCACAUGACCUCCAACUCACCAAAAACAAACUCCCACCCCUACCAUCCCUCGCCUGGCUUUCCAGCAGUCUGACACACUGAACCUGCCCUCGUUCCUGCAUGCACCUGCGUCACCUUGCCAGCAACGCGCCGUCCACGCCCGCCGCACCGCCCCGAUCGUACACCGAUGAUUUGCAUCUGCGCUCACUUGCUCUCUGCGUCUACUUCUGCCUUUUGCCUCAAACCAAACUCUGCAGCGCGGCCUAUAUCCUUACUACCAUCCUCAUAAUCGCAUGAGCGAGUGACAGACUUUUCUUCUUUGUUUUUUUACUUUACAGUGAAGCUCGGUGCCCCUAAAUUACGUUAUGAAAAUGAAGAACUUUGAGGGAGUUAGUUUAAAUCAUAUCCUAUGUGUACUGUAUGGGUGUUUAUGCAGAAAAUGACACUAAACAAGCUACGGCCUCAUUCCAGUGCACUAAUCUAUGGAAAAGUAUUGGAAGUGAAUAGCACUAAUGAAAAAUCUCCUAUCUUUAUAAGUUAUUUGCAAAGGUAGCAGAUUACUAACAGUCGUGUUUGCACGCUGUGUGUGCGUGUGAAGACUUUUCUUAUGCACUGUGGUACUUGCGCAGGUUAAUGCAUUGGAAUAAAGACAAUGUGAGGUGGAGCGUGUGGUUCCCCCCUCUCCCCCCCUCUCCCCCCCCCACACAUUUCUUGUCUCGUGUUCACAACUUUGUUCUGCCACCCUGCUUCUUGACCUUGGACACAAUGCUGAAAAGCAUCAAACGGAUGCCUCCCACGUUUCGUAAGAGACAUUACGCUCACCUUCAGUCUGCCUGCUGUCUUCUCACAGUGGUAAUGUCAUCGCACCCGUUUCUUGAAAUGAGUAUUUUAAAAGGUGAUAUUUUUAUAAAAAAAAAACGGAAAAAAAAUUCCUUCCUCGCUUUUACUGUACAAUGUAACGCUGUGCACAUUAAAAUUUAAUAUAAUCCAUCA